AUGGCGCCCAAAUCCGACACUGUCCUACACGUUACGCCGCCAAUGGCAGAGAUCGACACGGGCGACGAAGAUGGAACCGCCGGGAAGGUUUUCGGCAGCCUUUGCUUUCCGGAUUGGGUCUACGACCCAAACCCGCCGGGAAGGGACGGUUUCUGCCCAUCGCGACGGUGGCAAGGCCCCUUUCCAAAGUCUGGGUCGUCCUCGUUGGUGCUACGAGUUCUUGCCACAGCCAAGAGACACCUGGAGCCCACCUCCACUUGGCAAAGGUCAGAAGCAGGGAAUUUCCAAACUGCGAAGCGGCGUGGCGACGACUGGGAGCGGGUCAAUGGCUUGAUCCGCCAGGCGGCGCAGCAGCUUCACGAGCAGGAUGAGAAAAAGCCACCUGCGGAUCCAAUCGACCGUGCUUUCCAGAGCCUGCACCUCCCGCUUUGGUCCUACAACUUUUUACCGCAACCCCGCGAUGCUUGGAGCCCAUCGCCGCGGUCCAUCUUGCGAAAGCGGGCCAGGAUGCAGCGGCGCAAGCGUGCCAGUUCUCCGGCACUGGGCUGCUUUGGGUCUUCGAUCAACGGCGCCGGCUCACUUCAACUUCGGCUACUCUGA